AUAAAAUUUUUGAUGAUGAAGACUCCGUGGAUGGGAACAGACCUUCCUCAGCUAGCUCCUCUACGUCUUCAAAAGCCCCUUCAAACUCACGCAGAGUUGGGAUGGGGACUACCCGCAGACUUGGGUCUGCACCUCUGGGCUCCAAGUCUUCAACAGCCAAAGAGGGAGCAGGUGCUGUGGAUGAGGAAGACUUCAUUAAGGCGUUUGAAGAUGUCCCAACGGUUCAGAUUUAUUCCAGCCGGGAUCUUGAGGAGUCCAUAAACAAAAUAAGAGAGAUACUAUCAGAUGAUAAGCAUGACUGGGAACAGAGAGUUUCUGCGUUGAAAAAGAUCCGCUCCUUACUUUUGGCUGGGGCUGCAGAAUAUGAUAACUUCUUCCAACACUUAAGACUUUUGGAUGGAGCGUUUAAAUUAUCUGCUAAAGACCUGCGAUCUCAAGUAGUACGAGAGGCUUGUAUCACGUUGGGACAUUUGUCAUCAGUUCUGGGAAACAAGUUUGACCAUGGGGCAGAAGCCAUCAUGCCAACAAUUUUUAAUCUAAUUCCGAAUAGUGCCAAAGUCAUGGCCACUUCUGGUGUUGUAGCAGUUAGAUUAAUCAUUCGACAUACGCACAUCCCACGAUUGAUACCCAUCAUAACCAGUAAUUGUACCUCCAAGUCUGUUGCAGUUAGAAGGCGCUGUUUUGAAUUUUUAGACUUGCUGUUGCAGGAGUGGCAAACACACUCCCUAGAAAGACACAUAUCAGUGUUAGCUGAAACAAUAAAGAAGGGAAUUCAUGAUGCAGACUCUGAAGCCAGGAUAGAGGCAAGAAAGUGUUACUGGGGUUUCCACAGUCACUUCAGCCGAGAGGCAGAGCAUUUGUACCACACCUUGGAGUCUUCCUACCAGAAGGCCCUGCAGUCACAUUUGAAGAACUCUGACAGCAUCGUGUCCUUGCCACAGUCAGAUCGCUCCUCCUCUAGCUCCCAGGAGAGUCUCAACCGUCCAUUGUCUGCCAAAAGAAGUCCUACUGGAAGCACUACAUCUAGAGCAUCUACAGUAAGUACAAAAUCUGUGUCAACACCAGGAUCUCUGCAGCGAUCCCGCAGUGACGUCGAUGUGAAUGCAGCAGCUAGUGCCAAGUCAAAAGUGACGUCUUCUGGAGCAUCCACCCCCUUCAGUUCUGCUGCAGCCUUGCCCCCAGGCUCAUACGCAUCACUAG